GAAUUUGCCUUUUGUUAUUUGCUAACAGAUGCUGCGGGGAAAAGGAUCGCGGUGGACAAGCCCGUCGUGGAAUUGGAUGGGGAUGAAAUGACCAGAGUCAUCUGGCAAAUGAUCAAAGAUAAACUCAUUUUCCCCUACCUCAAGGUGGAAUGCCUAUACUAUGACUUGGGGCUGCCUAACCGUGAUGCCACAAACGACCAAGUGACCAUUGACUGUGCUCAUGCCAUUUUGAAGCACCAUGUUGGAAUCAAGUGUGCCACCAUCACUCCUGAUGAAGAACGGGUCAAAGAAUUCAAUCUAAAGAAGAUGUGGUUGAGUCCAAAUGGGACGAUCAGGAACAUCCUCGGAGGGACUGUUUUUCGAGAGCCAAUCAUCUGCAAGAGCAUACCCCGCCUCGUACCAGGCUGGACCAAUUCCAUUGUGAUUGGGAGACAUGCCCACGGUGACCAGUAUAAGGCCACUGACAUCGUUUGCCCCAAGCCAGGCAAAGUGGAGCUCGUGUACUCCCCUGAGGGUGGGAGCCCACAGCAUUAUGAAAUUUUUAACUUCAAAGGAGGUGGUGGUGUGGUCAUGGGCAUGUACAACACAGACAAGUCCAUUCAGGACUUUGCCCACUCCUCUUUCCAGAUGGCAAUUAAGAAGAAGUGGCCAUUGUACAUGAGCACAAAAAACACAAUCCUCAAGAGAUAUGAUGGACGCUUCAAGGAUAUCUUCCAAGAAAUCUAUGAGAAGAAUUAUAAAGCUGAAUUUGAGAAGUUGGGAAUUUGGUAUGAGCACAGGCUGAUUGAUGACAUGGUGGCUCAGGCUCUGAAGAGCAAUGGAGCAUUCGUCUGGGCAUGCAAGAAUUAUGAUGGGGAUGUUCAGAGUGAUAUUAUUGCUCAGGGAUAUGGGUCCCUUGGUUUGAUGACAUCUGUUCUGAUAUGCCCUGAUGGGAAGACUAUCGAGAGUGAGGCUGCACAUGGAACAGUGACAAGACAUUACAGGCUGCACCAGAAGGGACAGAAAACAUCAACAAAUCCCAUUGCUUCCAUCUUUGCCUGGACACAGGGACUUGCUCAUAGAGCCAAGCUUGAUGACAAUAAGGAGCUUGCCAGAUUCUGUCAGCAGCUUGAGACUGCCUGUGUGGAUACAGUGGAUAGUGGGAGCAUGACCAAGGAUCUUGCAGGCUGCAUCCAUGGUGGCUUGAAGAAUGUUAAAGAUGGCAUGUAUCUCUAUACAGAGGACUUCAUGGAAGCCAUUUCUGAAAUGUUGAGGAGGAAGAUGUAGAUUCAUGUAAUGAGGAACAUGACUCAUGCAGCUGUGGCUCUGUCACUUGGUACUUCUUGCUGACAACUUUCUCCAUCCAGCUGCCAUUUACUGUUCUUCCAUGAAGGGAUCUGGUUGUGGUCAAGCAUUGUUGAUGUUGUCUUUUUUCUUAGAAUUUCAGCUACAAUGUAGCUUGCUGUGUAAUGUUAAAUUGGGGAGUCUUGUCUGGCUCUGCAAGAAUCAUGAAAAUUUAUGGCCAUGUGUAAUCUUUUCUUAAAUCAUGCUCUUUGGCAGACAAUUAGUUCCUAUAAUGGCUCUUAGUUUCAUCAUCAUUAUGCAAGGCAUUUACAGUUGUUGAACAUUCCUGAUAUACUGAAGACUACAGAGAGGACUUUUGAACUUCCAAUGUGGUGUGCCAAUCUCAAUCGAUAAGGCUGAAUCUCUAAGACCUGUUGAUGACUUCCUGGUCCAACUCUGAUCCACAUUCAAGUACAAUUUCAUCCUGUGCAAUUGCUAACCUCCCUUUUGGAAUAUGCAUUUGUCCAUUAAAAAGUGCAUUUUGGAGUUCCUAGUUGCUGUGGACAUAGCUAUCUUGAGUUAUGUUUUCUCAGUACCUCUUUUCUGUAAUGAAGUCAUUUGCCAUUCAAAAAUA